GUAGACUUGGCUCUAUUUAUGUUUGGUGUCUGUGCUCUUAGAAAACAUUAACAACAUCCUCAAGUGUGCUUCAGGAAAUGGCUGACUUAUCAUUAUAUUUAACUAAUAUUUCUUUGGGAGGAACUAUGGAAGCUGAUAAAAGUCCAGAAGUGGUGGGAGACAUGGAGAGUGUGGAGAUGGGCACCUCAGCGAAUAGGAAGACAAAGGUCAAGCUUCCCCGCAGGACCAUCUACUUUGCUAGUGGUGAAACAAUGGAGGAGUUCAGUACUGAUGAAGAGGAAGAGGAAAUUGUGGAGAAAAAGGCAGUUACUGUGGAUACAUCUCAACUGACUUGGGGACCUUACUUCUGGUUCCAUAUGUGGAGAAUGGCCACCUCAACCAUAUCAGUGUGCGACUACAUGGGAGAGAAACUUGCCUCAUUUUUCGGCAUUACCUCCCCUAAAUACCAAUACGCUAUAGACGAGUACUACCGGAUUAAGAAGGAGCAAGAGGAGGAAGAGGAAGAGAACCGUCUAGCUGACGAGGCUGAGCGUCAAUUUGCCGAGCAGCGAAGGAGCGAGAAGAAUAAUCCGGUUCCGACUACAUUUCAGCAGCCUGAAGCAUCGCAAACUUCCUUUGUAAAUGUGUCUUUUGACCAUGAGCCGGAAGCACCUCUUAAUAGUGGUGACAACAGGGCACCUUGUCCUCUCCCCUCCUGACGGCACAAAAACCUUUUAUUUGAAACUAGGUUGAAUGCUAAUCUAUUUAUAACAAUGAUUAAUCGAAAUAAUGUUUAUUGUAUUUUGCCGAAAUUGGAUUCUAGAACUGGAAAAAGAUGUUAUUGCAUUGUACGGAGACUCACACCGGUGCCUGGGUAGAAAAAAAAAAAGAAGAGGUAAUCUAUAUACGCAGUUUACUAAUCUAUGAUCACAGAUUAGUCGACUGUAGGUACAGUUUAGUAAUUUGUAGCCACAGUUUACACCCAAAGUAAAAAGCUGAAUUGUCUUCUAAAUUUAAACUGUUUAAACCAGUUUGCUAAUCUGUGGGUACAGAUUAGUAAACUGUUAGUACAGUUUAGUCAUCUGUACCCACAGUUUACUAAUUUAUGGGUACAGUUACCUAUAAUUUAAUAAUCUAUACCCUCAGAUUUUUAAUCUGUGGGACAAUUUUUGUCAUCUGUAACCACAUACUAAUUUGUACCCACAUAUUAGUAAAACAGAUAAUUACCGGAUUUUUUCCCUACCGUCACAAGGGGAUCUGUUGAAUUGACAUCCACUUCUGAUUUUUCUGGAGCGCAGGUGUCAUUUUGUUUGGCACGCGAAAGUAAAUCAUGUGGAUCAACUUUGUUUCUGUCUAAAAUAAAAUGUUUCUGUCAUCCUUGAUACUGUAUAUUACUUCAAAUAAAAAAUUAAGCAUUUUCGGAGAGUAAAAA